AUGGUCUUCAAGACCCUCAACCUCCGAAGCCUCAGUCUUGCGAAGACUUUCACCCACGGCUACGCCCAGUCCGUUGUAGCCGCCUCCCAGUCCUCCUACGCCUCCCAAAACUUCAGCCACGUCUCCAAUCGCUUCGCAAAACACCCCUCCCAGCAGAAUGGCUAUGCUUCCUCGGCUCAGCCUGGCCCGAGUGUCAAGCCUCUUCACCCGGACCACCAUGACUCUGGGCUAGCCGCUUACUUCGAUGCCUGGCACAAGCACCAGAGGCUCGAGAACCGCGAAUGGCAUCAGUUCCAGUUCGCCAAGCGCAUCGAAUGGAAGCCGCCUUCGAAUGUCCAGGAGGUUGAAAACGCCACAAGGGACACAUCUGCUGCGACCCUCGAAGAUGUCGACUCUGAAGACAAGCCGGCGCGCGGUGCAGUCGACCGCGCGUACAGCGCGAGUGCUGUAGACGACUUCAAGCAAGCGGUUGACCACAAAGCAGAGGCGGAAGCAUUGGCCAAGAUUGACGACGCCAUCAAUCGGGAGAUUGAGCGUCGCCACAAUGAGCCUGAGAACGAUGUGGAAGAUGCUAGCUCUGUCGCCGUCGACCUCGAGGGGGAUCGGUCUCAUUCGUCCGCCGCUGCUUCCCAGGCCUCUCCAAGGAUUUCUACGCCCCAGUCAUCCACCAGUGCUCUCACGUCCGUCUCCGAGGCCGAUACAUUCGCCACCCAGUUGGAGAAGCUUGUGGAGGGUCGCCAUUAUGCUGAAAUUCCUGCCGUCUUUGAGAGCAUGCUCAUUGGAGGCGUCAAACCCACGGCUUCUGCAUACAACGCUCUGCUGGUUGCUGCAAUCCACCUCCCUAGAGCAAAGCACCAAGUUGUACCUAAGGCGCUGGAUGUGUAUUCGGAUAUGCUAAGGCGCCGCGUGCUUCCGGAUCCCAAGACAUACUCGAUCCUGAUUGAACUUCUCUCUGUGCGUUCUCUGGAGGUCUUGUCCUCGAAGCAGGCCCUUGAGGAAAAGCGCGUCAGGUUUGGUGGAAUGGAUGAGGAAGGCAAGUUCAUGCUUCAAUCCAACGAAACCGACUUUGCCAUCCUCUUGGAAGACGAUUCGCUCAACAUGGCCAUCAAACUUUUCAAUACGGCAUCCGCCAUUCAGCUGGACAACACUUUCUCUGAAAAAACUUACCGCAGACUGAUCACCGCGUGUGCUGAACUCGGUCGUGUCGAGGACAUGGUUCGCAUCUACACUCACAUGGAAUCCAACAGCAUUCUUCCUCGCGCGGAAAUGUUUGUCCCCAUGAUCCACGCGUUCGCAACCUCUGGAGACUUGCGAUCCUCCGUUGAAUGUUACGACGAAUACAAGGCCUUGGCGAUCGCAAAUGACAAGGGAGAAAACUCCAUGACCCGGAAGGACAACGACGUAUACGCUGCUCUGAUCAAAGCCUACACGGUAUGCGAACGCUUGGAGGGUGGGCGCAAGUUCUUUUCGAAGGUUCAACAAAACAUCGAGGACCCAGAACGCGUUGCCAGCCUCCGUGACAUUGUUGGUCUAAAGGCUUUCAUUCCGAUCUGGCUCAAGAACGGCUCGUUCCAGGAUGCUGUCACCCAUGCGCGGGAAGAGCUCAGCUCAGAUGCUCGCAACGUGGCCAUGGCUGCCAUCUGCGUCCGUGCUGCAGACUCCAACUCUGUGGAGAUGGCCAUGAGUGCUUUUGAAUCUCUCCCGGAGCACAUGGAGGUAUCUGUCCCCGCAGUUGCUAUGGUAGCAAUGCACAUCCGUAAUGGUAAUAUCGAGGCAGCUCAGUACUUCUGGAACAUUCUCGAAGUUUCUGACGCAAAGCCCCUCUUUGUUGAACCCUCCGCGAUGCUCGCGAUUGCGCUCAUUGGUAGUGGUCAUGCCGAGCGUGCGUUGCGCCAGAACCGUCUCAUGCUGGGUCGUCUUCGCGAUUCGCAGACCGGAAAGACGAAGAUGGAGGCCGUUGAGCAGAUUGACGAAGCCGUCGAGGUCAUUGGCCAUUUCAUGAUCAAGCGGGGGAUUGUUCCACCGGCAAAGGCUAGUAUGGAGCUGUUCUGGACUAUGGUCGAAAACGGUGGACUUCUUCCCUCGGUCGCUGCGCACCUCCUGGCUGGCCUCGGCCCUGACGGAGUUGCUCAGCUUGCGUCCGAGGAUCUCACGCUUCUCAUGCAGAUCCAGGCUGGCAUGAUUUUGAACACCUCUGCCAUGGACAUUGCCAACCAAGCUCGCUUCUCGCAUGUGCUGGAGGUGUUGAUGUCGCGCGGUACGCCAAUUGACAAGCAGACCACAGGCUUGAUUGAGAAGGUUCUCAUGAAACUUGAUCGUCCUGAUCUCUCUCGCCGUUGGCAGGCCUUCCGUUACCCGGUCAUGCAACCGAUGUUCACCCCUGUUCCAUUCUCCGCAUUCGGCACCCCUCCACCUGUGGCACCCGCGUCCAUGUAUGAGGACAACUUCGACCCGUAUGCGGCGACUACUGAUAACAAGGGCUCCGUCGCCAUUACCGAUCUUCUGGAAAAGACUCACGGACGUUCCGCUUCUCACCUGAACGAGGCUCUCACGAAGUUCAGGAACAUGAGACGAGCUGGUCGACACCCUCGUUACUUUACGUACGCCAAGUUGAUCACCGCUGCCGCUAAAGAGGGACGCAUGGACCUUGCUCAAGAUAUUCUGUCGCUUGCCAAACAGGACGUUCCAUUCCAGCCACAGCACCGCAUCGUUCGGUACGGCUGGGUGACCAUUUUGGACUCGAUGGUUGCUGCUUGUCUCCAGGCCGGCGACCGCAAGGGAGCUGCUCGAUUCCAUCAGGAACUCCUCGACAUGGGUGCUGCACCGUCUGCAAACACUUUCGGCCUGUACAUCACGACGCUCAAAGAAUCGACGAAGACCUUCGAUGAGGCCACGGAAGCUGUCAAAAUUUUCCUAAGGUCCAAGUCCGAGGGCGUCGAACCGUCGUCGUUUUUGUACAAUGCAUUGAUCGGCAAGCUGGGCAAGGCUAGACGUAUCGAUGACUGCCUGUUCUACUUCCAGGAGAUGCGUACCCUUGGCAUCCGCCCGACCAGCGUUACCUACGGUACUGUCGUCAACGCUCUCUGCCGUGUCAGCGAUGAAAAGUUCGCCGAAGAAUUGUUCGAAGAGAUGGAGAGCAUGCCCAACUACAAGCCCCGUCCAGCUCCCUAUCACAGCAUGAUGCAGUUCUUUCUCACUACCAAGCGUGAUCGGAGCAAGGUCCUAUCAUACUAUGAGCGGAUGCGGUUGAAGGGCAUCGAGCCUACAACCCAUACCUACAAGCUCCUCAUUGACACGCAUGCGACGCUGGAGCCGGUCGACAUGGCCGCCGCAGAAUCCAUCCUGGAGCAGGUUCGUCGGUCUGGCCAGCGUCCCGAGGCAGUCCAUUUCGCUUCAUUGAUCCACGCCAAAGGUUGUGUGCAGCAUGACAUGGCUGCUGCCCAGGAACUGUUUGACUCGAUUCUUGCCAAAGCAGAGGUUCGUCCACAAGCUUGCCUCUACCAAGCUUUGUUCGAAGCCAUGGUUGCCAAUCACAACAUCGGUGCGACUGAGGCAUACCUUGCGGACAUGAGGGCUAGGAAUGUCGAGCUGACCCCGUACAUCGCCAACUCGUUGGUGCAUGGCUGGGCGGCUGCGAAGAACAUCGAGAAAGCGGCGAGCAUCUACGAGUCGGUGCCGCUUGGAAAGCGAGAGCCGAGUACAUACGAGGCGAUGACUCGGGCAUAUAUGUCGGUCGAAGACCGCACCGGUGCAGCGACGGUGGUCAAGGAAGGCCUGUCUAGAGGCUACCCCGCCGCUGUGGCCAACAAGAUCCGGGAGCUCAUUGGCGGCGGCUGGGCUGGUGCCAGUGAAGGUACUGAGGCACUUGCAGUGUAA